GUCUAAUCUAGUGGACGGAACGCUUCUUCUACAACUGCAGCCACCUCGGUAGCUCGCCAGAUAACAAAGUCGGAACAUUCAAGUUCUUUGGGACAAUUUCGUGGUUUAUUUGCCACUAUGAUUUCAACAUACUUAUGUGGAAACAACUAGCUACCCCAUUUAAUUUAAUAUUCACGUUGUCAGUUAGCUGGCUGGUUAAGUUUGCACUAAUCUAGUCGCUAAUGCUAACUAGCAAUUAUCCCCGACCAUGAGUUCACUAAGCUUCUCUCCUCCUUCUAAAGAAGAGGUCUGCUGGACGGAGAAAGAGGGUCUCGUCAAAGAGGAGGCGGAAGAGGAGGCUGUUACAAUACAAGAACAAGUAGAGGGCGAGGUUGUUACCGUGAAAGAAGAAGAGAAAGACGCAUUCAGAGUGAAAGAGGAGGAUGUUACUGUGAAAGAAGAGGAGGAAGAUGCCGUUUUUCGAGUGGAGGAUGAAGUGAAAGAAGAUGACGUUUUUGGAAUGAAGGAUGAAGAGGGGGAGAUUACUGUCACAUUAGAGGAGGACGAAGAAGAGAAGACUGGAGAUCUGAUUAACACCAGUAAGUACAUGACACUGACUCUGAAUGGGAGCCCCCAGUGCCAAGGUGUCCAUCCCCCACUGAAGCUGGUUCAUCCAGCUCCUGCCACAAGUGGUGUUCAUCUGCCCAAAUUUAUUUCUGCAGGCAUGGAUGUGCCUCAGGGCCAAAAGCGCACAGGACGGAGGCGUCGCUGUGUUCUUUGCAAAAUGAAGUCUCCCAUCACCUGCACCACAUGCUUGGUGACCCUCUGCUUUACAGCAGAAAGAGACUGCUAUGGCACCUGGCAUCAGCAUCACAAUAUUGUGUAGAGGACUGAGGGUCUUCCAAAUAUUGAAAGUGUUAUUUUGUAAAUGUAUUUGUUCUUUUUCUUUUUGGGGGGUGGUGUGUUAGAAUACCAUUUUGGUAUUCUGUAUAUAGUUAUUCCAUUCAAAAUGUAAAACUUCACCAAUUUGGCAACUUGGGUACAUUUGAGCUACUUGUGUGGGACACCUGGGUAACUUCAUGAUGGAUGUCAUGUAGCACACUCAUUUUGGAAGUUAUCAUUCUGAAAAUUUGCACAAGUACUGUUGCCCUCUUAUGUUUUUCACUGAAAUUGUCCCCAUCAUCCUAUCUGAAUGUUUGUUUUGUCUUGUUGAUUUUAAAGAUGAUGAUACAAUUUAUAAUACAAUGUAUUAUCUAAA